UCCUUGCCUACAUGGGAAAGAGGCAGGGUGAGAUAAGAUAGAGAGAAAUCUGGAAACCACUCAUCAGGCUGGAGGGACUAGAUUCCCACACAGGGAAUGAGAAGGACGAGCUCAGGUUAUUACAUGGGGCGGGACUAGCAGAGGGAAAGUAUCUGCCCCAGACAAUGGAGGAGGAGAAAUGAAAGGGAAGAAGGGAAGGACCGGGCUGGAAUAGGAGGAGCCGAGGCACAUCGAGUCUCAGGCGAACAAAGAGCCGGAGCUCGGGUGCAGUGCCAGGGACUGGCUGAAGAAGGGCUUCCAGUGGCAGUGCCGGCUCCAGGCCCUUGUUGCUGGCUAUGAGCAGGGGGCGGUGUAGGAGCGCAGAGCUCUUAGGUUGCUGGGAAUAGGAAAUGGAGGAGGGGAAGAGAGCCUGAGACAGCUGACCCCCUCCCUCCAUCUUCGGGUACCCCAUGGCUGGCAGGCCCCGGCUCUGAGUCGUGCUACUUCCUACAGACAUGGCCGCUGCCAUCAGCUACAGCCCACCGUGGUGGGUCAACCUGCUGCACCGGCUCCCCCACCUCAACCUUCAGUGGGAGAGUCUGACUGGGGAUUUCCGCCCACAGGACCCUGACUACCAGCAGUCCUUGAUGCUCCUGGGUUGUGUCGCACUCGCCUGCCUGGCUCUUGACUUACUGUUCCUGCUCUUCUACUCCUUCUGGUUCUGCUGCCGUCACCGGAAAACAGAAGAGAACACAAAUGCGGAUUGCUGCUGUACCGCUUGGUGUGUCAUCAUUGCUACUCUAGUCUGCAGUGCUGGAAUUGCUGUAGGUUUCUAUGGCAAUGGGGAGACCAGCGAUGGCAUCCAUCGAGUGACAUAUUCAAUAAGACAUGUGAACCGCACUAUGGCAGGAAUCCAGGAUCGGGUGUCUGAUACAACGACAUCUCUCAACCAAACAGUGGAGCCAUGCCUGCAAAACCUGGAAGUCAUGUUUACAAAACAGACAGAUUACCUCCACAUUGUCCAGAGACUUCAGAGCCUUCUGUACACCCUGGUUCAGCAAACCUCAGAAAUCCCCUUCUGGAAGAAUCCUGAUCUGUCUCUGGAUGAAUUGGCCACACAGGUGGAUCUGUAUGACUGGUACAGGUGGCUGGGGUACCUGGGUCUGCUUCUGUUUCAUGUCGUCAUUUGUUUGCUGGUGCUAUUUGGACUGAUCCGUAACUCAAAGGGUACCCUGAUUGGUGUGUGUUUCCUUGGUGUGCUGGCUCUAAUUAUAAGCUGGGCAUCUAUGGGCCUGGAGCUUGCAGUUGCUGUGGGCUCCAGUGACUUCUGUGUGAAUCCUGACACAUUUGUUUCCAAAAUGGUAGAAGAGAAAUCUCUGCUAAGUGCAGACAUCUUGAACUACUAUCUUGUCUGUAACACUGGAUCCCCCAAUCCCUUCCAGCAGAUAUUGUCAAGUGGUCACAAAGCCCUGGUAGAAAUGCAGGAUGAUGUCUUGGACCUCUUACGAUCAGCGGUGAAAGAUUACCCAAACUCUAAGGAUUAUCUUGUCUGCAUACAAGGAGUACUGAAUUCCACAGAGAUCAACCUGCAACAUUUGACAGCCUUGGUGGAUUGCCGUGGUUUACAUUUGGAUUAUGUCCAGUCCCUCACUGGUUUUUGCUACGAUGGAGUUGAAGGACUAAUUUACCUGGUUCUCUUCUCGUUUGUCACUGCCCUGAUGUUCAGCUCAAUAAUAUGCAGCGUACCACACACCUGGCAACAAAGGAGUACACCUCCAGCAUGAGAGCAAAAUACCUCGCCACCAACCGUCCUGAAACCGACCCGAUGCACUGAGUUCAAGUCACGAGAACCUGCAGAGUGCCACUCCCCUGAGCAACUGCUGUGGAUCAGUGCCCCUGGCCAACACUCAGAGAACAUGGAGGAUUUCUAUUUAUCCCCCUUGGCUUGGAUCCCUGACCUUGGGCAGUAGGCGCUGCAAGGGUACAAUCACGUUUCCCAGAAAGUGGUGAAAUGUAUUUCCAAAUUCAUGAAUGAAGAAUAAUUCCCUGUCAGUAAUCUUACUGAAGAAUGAAUCCAUUUCUCCUAUGAACCUAUUCUCACAUCUUACGUCAUGCAGUUGUGUUCUUGAUGACAAACGAGUCCCUCUCCGGGAGAAAAAAAAGAUUCCUUUGGGUAUUCGGUAUCCAAUUUGUUUUUAGAAAUUGCUUUUUUUGACAAUAGAAACCUAAUUUUGCAGUAUGUACAUUUUUUAAAGCGCUAUUCAUAAAGCCAGACGAUCACCAGAUGUAUUAUCUUCCCUUAUAUGUACAUGCCGCUGUGUUUUAAACACACUGUAAGAUGGAAUAAAGAACCAAGUACUCUUGGUUUUAUAUUUCUCUCUUUAACCAAUCUCAAGUCAAGAAAAAGUGCUACAGAUCGGCUGGCACUAAAGGUAAAUGUAUGUAUUGAGCUAUAUAUAGCCUAUAUAUAUAUAAUAUUGUGCCAGUGGGGGAAAUGUAUAGAGCAACAUCUACAAACAAGGAAUAAAACGCAUUUAUUAACGUACUGUAAAAGAAUAAGGGCAUGCUGCACUGUCUGUGUCCUACAUAACCCUCAGCGCAUACAUUGCUAAUGAUCUAGGAAUUCACGUAAGACUUGCACUGUAUAUAGUCUUACUAUCUGGAUUUGUUAGUAAUGCAGGUGGUAUAGCUUUGUGUUACUGAAGGGUACAACUCAGUGAGUCACUGUAUACAUGGAAGUUGAGUGAUUGACAAUAAUUAAACAGUUAGUGAAGGCCGCAGUCAUUUUUGCUACUCCCCAAAUCACAGCUUUUGUGGCAUGAUAAAUACCCAAAGUGCCACUCAGAUGUAUGUUGUAGGAUGGCAGUGAUGAAGUAAAUUUGAAUGUGAUAUUUCCACAGUGUAUCACUUUCUCUAGCCCACUGCUGGCACAGCCCAUAGUUACUGACAGCCAUUUUGUUUAACUGCAUCUUCUAGAGUCUGCCCAUGGCUCGAGAAUGGCUUGUCUUCUCUGUAGUCAACCAGUUGUUCAACUACAAGACUUUAAAACUGUUUUAUGCCAAGUUCCUGAUGAACUCAGUCCAAUGUCCACAUCCACCCUAAGUGCCCACGUCUAACUUGUUUCUAAGAGUGGAACCCCCUGUAAGCAUUGGUUCUGCUGGUGGAGCAGAGGCAGGAGAUGGACAGUCUGUAAGCCGUCUGUAGCUUGCACAGAUUAUUGCUACCUCCUGUUUAAAUGAUAAUAUGUCUAGUUACGUUUGGCUCAUUUCUGAACAUUUCAGUUUGGGCAGCGCCAUAUAUGAGUUCCAAUUUUAUUUCCUGUACCUAGUCUUCUCAUGUGGCACAAUAAGCACAGGAAUGCUUUUUUCUACAAAGCAACAGUUUAGUUGUGGGGUGUUGGAAACAUUAAAGCCGUUGUGUUUCUUUGUCAGAUGCACAACUUGCUGCAGUGAUAGCGUAGGGGCAGCCAACUGACUGGAACUCACUUCUCAAAAGACCCCAUUGCAAGAUAUGCAUCUGGUGCAUUAGUAUUUAAUCCAACUUUAUUUCCCUACCGAAACCUUUUCUGUGAACAAACAGGAAUUUUUUAAAGAAAAUCAGAAGUUUUGGUGCAAAAUGCAGGCAAAAGAGUGUAAAAUCCAAGGAAAUUACCGACUAAACUGCAUUGGAGUCAUCAGGACCAAUGUUGUAAAAUCAGGGCUUGACUGUAAUAUCUUAUUCCAAGUUUUUAUCCAAAUUUUAAGGACACCAACAAUUAUUACUUCUAGCAUCAUGUCACUGAAAGAUUUGUUUAACACAAAUAUAUGUAUUCCUUAAACCUGCUUUUAGGUUUUCUCCCAUUUGAUGAGAAUUGCGGUGGGAAACAAGUCCACUGUAAGUCUUAAGGUUCAGUCUGAACCUGCUUGGCCCCCAUGUGCUACUUCUGUGGUAGGGAACCAAUCACUAUAUUUUGUAUGAAGACUUUAUGAAUCUUAAACUGUGUCUACUGGAGUAUGAAAGCAGUAUGGCUUUUAAGAUAAAACUGAGCACGUGGUUCCAUAUGGAGUAUUCGGACUGGAGAGCAACUGGCACUUCUCAAAUAAUGUGCAACUAGACCAGUCAAUAGAUGGAUGAACCGGAUAUAAGCAAAAAUCUGGUUUUAUGAAUUCCACCAAUGGUGCUAACUCCCACUCAGUACGAUUCAACCAUUCAUUACUGCUGGGUGCAAGAUUCCAGAAGAUAUGGACUGUAAUGUUCUUUUUCUGUACUCUUCCUUUUAUAUAUGGCUAAUAUAUGGCCCCACUAUAAGGAACAUGCUCCAGACCCGUGUAGUUGUGCCAUUUUAAAACAAAGACAUGGAGCUCAACUGACAGAACACAGAAUGGGACAUAGAAAGCAUAUCUCGCUGGAUCAUUGAUUUGGUUUGGUGUUGGACAAAGGAGGUGAAACUGAGCCACACAGACUGCAACAGUGCCACAUAAACCGUACACACAAUCAUUUAGAAGCACAAACCUGUGGCUGGCGCAUCCCAUUUCCCGAUUUGUACUUUGUUUUCCCUAAUACUCCUGUUCAGAUGAAAAACAGCUGGAUUGUAAAAGUGCUGUUCCAGAAAGACAUCUCCAUAAUGUGAAAUGUAUAUAGCAUGUUGGACCUGCGUGUCCAGUGUACAAGACUGCUUUGUAACCGUCAAAGAGAUUUGACUCAAGCCAUUGCUGUCUUGGGAAUAUUACUGUAGUGUUUGUAUUCCGUGUGUGAUAUUAAUCAGUUUAAUUUGCUUGCUGAUCUCACAGUUGUGGAUUUAUUUUUUUGGCCCUUUCAAAUGGAUUGGCAGUCUGCAUCAGAGUUGGACAGAUUCCAUUUCAUGAACCUCCUAAUAAAUGAUCUGACGCUGGUGGUCAUCCUUUCCCAUUGGGUAGAAAGGGCAUAGUGAAAACUGUCACUAAUAAUGUUCUUUAUGCAGAACACAGGGAAAGGCUUGCACAGUUUUUUUACUUUUUCAGAAUAGACAUGGAGGCUAAAGUGCAUAUCAUAGCCUGGCAGCUUCUCAAGCAAAUUCACGAUGAUAGAAAAUAAAACACUUAGUUGGAACAAUUCCCAAAGAUAUAAACCCAGGUAGGGUAUAGUGGCAGCUCACCUGAACUUUAAAAUCUUUCCCACUGGAAGAGGCAACAUUUUGCUGUCUUUACCGUUUAUUCCAACCUAGGUUUGUUUUUCAAGAAAUAUGAUACGCGUAUAUUAAAUCCACAUAUGAUCAUGGCAAGUAUAUAAACGGCAGCCAUAAGAUUAGGCUUGUUGUACUAAUCUAUGAACCUACAAGAUUCCCAUAGUACCAUUACUGAGUGCUGGACAUGCCCAGUACAGGAAAUGCAGGCAGCUAAUAGGUUUGAGACCAAAGAGGUGAUUCUUCUAGUGAUGCUUAGUGUGGCUAUGCAGUACUACAUUCAGUGUAGAAAAUAUUCAACUGCCUUUGCAAGGUUUUCCUAAAGUGGUCUUCAUCUCCACAAUAUCAGAUUAAGGGCAUUAAAAAGCAGCUCUACAAUAGGAAAACUCUGUGUAGGUCAGUGGAAACGUAAUAUUUUUACAUUAAUAUGUAUUAUUGGAUCAGUGAAGAAAGCAGGCAACUCUCAAAUCCCUACACAACAAUUCUUCAGUGAGUCAUGUUUCAUAGGUUCUCAAAGAUGGUCUUCAAACCUCCCUAAAAGUGCCUUUUUCCUUCCCUAAGGAUGUUUUUUUAAACUAAGUACAGGUUGUUCUAUCACUGGCAGAAGGGGGAUUUGGAAUAAAAAUCUGAGCUUUGAUUGGUCCACCUGUGCUUAGCAGAGUAGAACUUCAUAACCUGCACUGGCGCUGAGUCUUGAGGUCCCACUUUGAGAAAACCUGGUUAACUUGGUGUUUAAACGUUUCCUACAAAACUCCCAGAAAAGUCCGUCUCCUAGAGGCACCUUUUGGCUGUAGAGAACGGGCACAGGAUGGUCCCUACCCUGAAAUUUCCUGGUGCUGUGUCAUCUUCUUCAAAGACUUGCUAUGCAAUCCAGGCUUGGGGAUUCUAAUUUUACCAUUGACAAUAUGUGUAGUUUUAUACACCUUCAAACAGAAGGAAGAGUCUCAUGUCAGCAGGAAAAAAAAAAGCAUAAUUCAUGGUAACCCGCCUGCAGUCUUUGCACGGAGAUAGGCAGGUUGAAAUGUGUUUGGCUUUAUAUGCCCAAUUUUUGGGGGGGAGGGGGAUGCUUAAUCAUUAGGGUCAUAUACCACAUGGUCAAUCCUAUUAAUAAAGAUAAGGGGCAUACAGGGGUCAACAUUGUCUUACUCGUAACCCUGUGAAUGUUCACUGCAAAGCCACUAAUGGUUUACAUGUGGUCACCUUUCAAUAAUGUAAGAUUUGGUUGUGUACAAAGUAUAUUUUUUAAUUAUGCAAUAGGACUUUUUUUGUUUUCUCUUGUUCUUUAUGGAAAGGGUUGCAGUCGAUGAGCAUUGCAAAUCCGUAAUCUCGUUGGUGGUACGUUUGGACUGGAAAUCUGGAACCUCUGGAAGAUGCCGACUGGCACUUUAUAUUGGGCCUGUGGGGCAGUUUGGAUCUUUGUGUAUUUGAAAUGCCAAGACCAUUUUUUAAUUUUCGGUCCAGAGAUGAUUGGUGGACGUGGUUUCAGCCGAGCAGUUUCAGCUUGAGCCAUGUGAUUUGGUGACAAACUAGAGCUGCGCUGGGAUAAAUGUUUUUUUGCUUUCAGAGAGCGUGAUUUCUUCUGUACAGAAACAUAAGGGACUUGUGCAUGUUGAGUGGCGGCUGGGGCCAACAAGGCGUGCUUCAUCUCAGAUCUACAUUAAAUUAAAAAUUGUGAUUUCUUAUGUUUCUAAAUUAAACUUGUGUACAGAAGCUGUGAGCUACUUUCUACUGUAUCUGUCCUAUUGCAUAAAAAUAUAUAUUUUAAUAUUUCAUUGAGGUCUCUCUUGCACUUAGUCAGUUCAUUUUUUUGUUUUUUUUUAAUUUUUCGUUGCAAAAAUUAACCCGAUGUACGAAGCCCUGUUUUUGUAUUUGCUACCAUCCUCUGUCCUAUUCUAAUCUCUUCUGUUAGACACAGGAGUAUCCAUAGCUAUUUUUUACUGUGCUUUGUUUUGCAAAAAAAAGAGGUAAAUCAUAAAUGUACUUUCUGUGGUUUCCAUACAGCUUGGUAUCAUGUUUUUAAAUAAAUCAAAAAUGGAGAACA